AUGGCGUGUGACGUAAAAUUGAUGGAUUCUGACGUCAAAAAUCGAACUGUUUUUACAAUGGCUCGACAUAUGGAAGAUCAAAUUCAUUUGACACACGUUCAACGAAAGGUACAAACGCGUAAUUGUUCGAAUUUUUUUCAUUUUGGCGGUUUCUUUGGAAAACACUGUGGUUGUUAUGUGACACUGCUUUAUAUUGGAAUUAAGCUGCUGUAUACCGCAAAUGCGUUAUUACAAUUUUUAAUAUUAUCGCGUGUUCUGAAAACAUCUGAAGGUACCUUUGGUUUCAACUUUGUAUACAAUUUGAUGACCGGAACGCAGUGGAUUGUAUCGGGUCUUUUUCCACGAGUAACACUCUGCGAUUUUGAAGUUCGAGUUAUUGGAAACAUUCAUCGGCAUACUGUUCAGUGUGUUCUUAUGAUAAAUAUGUUUAACGAAAAAAUUUUUCUGUUUUUAUGGUUUUGGUAUUUAACUGUUGGAGUGAUCACUUUGUUAAACACCUAUUAUUGGAUCUUUGUUAUGUUCUUUCCAAAUCAGAAAAAAAAAAAACAAUUGCAGGGAAUCUCAUUUAUCCGAAAAUAUUUACGCGUGUUAAGUGAACAUCCAUCAAAACCUGUUGCUGAAGAGGUAACACUACGAAAAUUUGCAACACAUUUUCUGCGGAAGGAUGGAGUCUUUAUGUUACGAAUGAUCUCAACACACGCUGGUGAAAUUAUUACAAGCGAAUUGAUACUUGCACUAUGGCAGGUGAUCAUCUGA